UCUCACUGAACAAUAGCAUUGUGACAGACCAUUGUAGCCAUCAUUCCUGGUCAUCUUAUGGUGAGUGCAUACACAGCAUAUUUGAGGCCUCAGGCAUUCAUCUUUACAGAGCAGAAAAGCAGAUUAUUUUCGAUCCCAAUCUUUGAGAUGAAAAAGUAACAAAAGAGAGCAUUUUUGUCUCAGGACUUUUACUUUGGAUAAGAAAGAACAACCAGUACAGUCCUGAGGCACUGAAAGAAUCAAAUUAUAGAUUUUCAUUAGAGAUGCAUUAGUUUUCUGUAAAUGGGGCUUUUUUCUCAAGUUGUUUUUGGGCUUUUUUAGUAGUCUGGUCCCAAAGACAGUGAUACUUACCAGUACAAUUUACUGUUAAACUUUCAUUUGUAUUCAAAGGUGCACCUAUCACUUGCUAAAAUAGAAAAAUGCACAUACUGUCAGAUGUUUCAUUAUCAUAGUGGUUCCCACAUCCAAGUGAGUUCAUGUUAACUAUUUUCAAUAUUGGUAUACUUGUCAUCAGUUUAUCUGUCUGUUAAAUGUGUAAGACAACAUAGUUACAGUCUUUUAAUUCUUUUAAAAUCAUCCUGUGAGCUGCUUUAUUAUGCAACUUUGAUAAUCUUACGGUUCCUAAUUGGGAAGCGUUUUGUGUAGUUAACAGUGAGUUUAUUUUGUACAGGAAUAUCGGCAAUUAAUCUAUUCUCUCCACUGCAAUUAAAGAUAGCAACCAUGAAAAAUUGCUGAGCUUUUAAUAAAACUAGUUCUUAAUGAAACAGUAAGUGUCAUGGGGAGCUUUUUAGUUUAUGUAACUUUUUGUACAUUGGCGACUCCCUGGCUCCGCAGAGUGCGUGUCCGCACAACCGGAAACACUGUUUCUUUAAAGAGCAAACAGAGUGUUAACUGAUUCACAAAUAGCUCUGAAGUACUCAGACAGCUCCCGCAAUACUAAACCUUGAUUUCCUCAUUCCCCAAUGUUCUUUUCACCAAAAAGAAAGAGCGUCGAGAAUGCCACUGACAUUCCCUUUCCAUGGGAGCUGCGGUGGGUGGUGAAGAACGCCGGCAGGAACCGCAGCAGCAACGCUGCGCCCAGAGCAAUGGCAUGAAUGUCUUGUUUAUAAUUGUGGAUGAUCUACGUCCUGUGUUAGGCUGCUACGGAGAUAAGCUUGUGAAAUCUCCCAACAUUGAUCAACUUGCUUCCCAAAGUAUGGUGUUCAGCAAUGCAUAUGCCCAGCAAGCUGUGUGUGCUCCCAGCAGAGUGUCAUUUCUCACUGGCCGCAGGCCUGACACCACCCGGCUCUAUGAUUUCUACUCCUACUGGAGAGUUCAUGCAGGAAACUAUUCCACCAUGCCCCAGUAUUUCAAGGAAAAUGGCUACGUGACCCUAUCUGUGGGGAAAGUUUUUCAUCCUGGGGUUUCAUCCAAUUACAGUGACGACUAUCCCUACAGUUGGUCCAUUCCACCUUUUCAUCCUUCAGCUGAAAAGCACGAGAAUGAUAAGACUUGUAGGGGAAAAGAUGGAAAACUUCAUGCAAACUUGGUGUGCCCAGUGAACGUGACAGAAAUGCCUGAGGGGACUCUGCCUGAUAUUCAGAGCACUGAGGAGGCCAUACACUUACUGAAUGUCAUGAAAACCACCAGGCAAAAGUUCUUCCUGGCUGUUGGUUACCACAAGCCACAUAUCCCACUGAGGUACCCACAGGAAUUUCUCAAGUUGUACCCCUUGGAAAAUAUCACAUUGGCCCCAGAUCCCUGGGUGCCUAAGAAGCUACCUUCUGUGGCAUACAACCCCUGGAUGGAUAUCAGACAGAGGGAUGAUGUGGAAGCACUAAAUGUUAGUUUUCCUUAUGGACCACUUCCAGAUGAUUUCCAGCGGCAGAUUCGUCAGAGUUACUAUGCAGCAGUUUCUUACCUGGAUGUACAAAUUGGCCUGCUUCUGAGUGCUUUGGAUGAUGCAGGACUCUCAAAUAACACAAUAGUAGUUUUUACUGCUGAUCAUGGAUGGUCCCUGGGAGAACAUGGUGAAUGGGCAAAAUACAGCAAUUUUGAUGUUGCUACCCGAGUGCCGCUGAUGUUUUAUGUCCCAGGAAUGACAACUUCCCCUGUCAGUCAAGGAGCAAGAGUCUUCCCCUACCUUGACCCUUUUAGCCAUAUUGGAGGCUCAGUACCUCAAGGACAAAGUAAAAAAGUGGUGGAGCUGGUAUCUCUGUUUCCAACGCUUGCAGAGCUGGCUGGCCUGCAGGUCCCUCCUGCGUGCCCAGAGAUGUCGUUUGGUGUUGUGCUAUGCACUGAGGGGAGAAGCAUUGUCCACUAUUUUAAUAUCUCUGAAGGAAAGGUGGAAGAAGGAAAGGAAGGGUGUGAUGACACUGACAGGUGUUUUAAUGAAGAACCUGUUGCUUUCAGCCAAUAUCCCCGGCCUGCAGACACUCCCCAGUGGAACUCUGACAAACCAAAGCUGAAAGACAUCAGGAUCAUGGGCUAUUCCAUGCGUACCAUUGACUACAGGUACACAGUGUGGGUGCAGUUUGAUCCCAACAACUUCAGUGCUAACUUCGAGGAUGUCCAUGCAGGAGAGUUGUACAUGAUGGAGAAUGACCCAAACCAGGAUUAUAACAUCUAUGACAAUACUUCACAUGGUUGGUUUUUCAAAAAUCUUCUUGGCUUUCUAAAGCACUAGGGUUCAGAAACUUCUUUGUGCCUCUUCUUGCAACUGAAUUAAUGCUUCCUUCUUUUGUAUAGAAUCUUUCUGUUGUACAGAACACAUUUGGAUUGAAUAAAAAUCCUGCUUGUAU